AUGGCACCUAUUACUGGAGCAAAUGUAGAAGUUGAUGUCAAUGUAGAAGUUGAAACAAAUUUUGAAGAAUAUGUCCGUGAUCCCGGAUUAAGGCGACCAAUUGAGGAGUUUGAUAUUGCUAUUCGAGAUCAAAUACGUAGAGAGUAUUUGUCUAUGGGUCCUUGUCAACUAGUUGGGCAUAACUAUCCGAAUACUCAAUUCGGCAAUCAAUUAAGGAGUUUUCAAGAUGUAUGGUAUCAAAAGUUUGUGUGGUUAGAGUACAGUGUAGCAAAAGAUGCUUGCUUUUGUUUUUGGUGUUAUCUAUUCAAGCCCGAAGAUAAAUCAAGUCGGUAUAGAACAGAUGUAUUCACCAAGACGGGGUUUAGCAAUUGGAAGAAGGCUUUAAUUAAAUUUGUGGAGCAUGUUGGAGAUGCGGAUAGUUGUCACAACAAUGCAAGAAUACAAUUUGAAGCAUUUAAAGAUCAAAGACAUAGUGUGGCAAAUAUGUUUAGAUCAAAUGCUCGUGAGUUGGAUGUUGCUUAUCGCACUCGUUUGACGGCUUCAUUGGAUGUGACUCGUUUUCUAUUGAAGCAAGGAUUGCCUUUUCGUGGACAUGAUGAGUCAACUACUUCUUUAAAUCGAGGUAAUUUUCUUGAGUUGCUUCAAUGGUAUAGUGAUCAUAAUGAUAUUGUUUCCAAAGUUUUGGGUUCAAAUGCUCCUGGUAAUAAUCAAAUGAAUUCUCCACAAAUUCAAAAAGAUUUAGCACGUGCUUGUGCUUCAGAGGUUACACUUGCUAUAAUCAAUGAUAUUGGGGAUAAAGUGUUUACCAUGUUGGUUGAUGAGGCUCGAGAUGUUUCAUUGAAAGAGCAAAUGAGAGUUGUUUUAAGAUAUGUGAAUGAUAAAGGAUGUGUAGUUGAAAGAUUUAUUGGAAUUGUGCAUGUUGUUGACACUUGUUCACAUUCUUUGAAACAUGCUCUUAGUGCUUUAUUUGUGAAAGAUAUUGCAACGUUUUCAAUCGAUGAGUACUCGUCGCAAUCAGUUGUCAUCGCUUUCUCAAACAGGAACAAGUAG